CAAAAACCACAAAUACUAGAACACACUUCCAUAAACUCUCAGAACAAACAAAAGAAGAAGAAGAAAAAUGGUGAUGAUCAAGGCCACAUGGGUUUCCAUCUUCGCCAUCGUGGCGGUUCUCCUAGUGAUUCUAGCCCCGGCGGCGGAAGCAGUGACGUGCUCGCCAAUGCAGCUAAGCCCAUGUGCGCAGGCGAUAACGUCGUCUUCUCCACCGUCAGCGUUGUGCUGCGCGAAGCUGAAGGAGCAGAAGCCAUGCCUAUGUGGGUACAUGAGAAACCCUAGCCUCCGUCGCUUUGUCAGCUCUCCUAACGCUCGUAAAGUCUCUAACCGCUGCAAGCUCCCCAUCCCAAGGUGUUGAAAACUCAAAAAGCCAAACAGCGUUUACUAUUUGCGAUCAUCCUUUACGUGUUUCAAUCCUACUUUUGGUGUGUGUGUCUAAGAUUGUUCAUUAUGAUCAUGAAGUAGUAGUUUAAGUAAGUGUUACCCUUGAGAAUAACAAUGUGUGAUGAUGCUUGUAUGCAUCUUAUUUCAACC